CAUCAUCAUCAUCAUCAUUAUCAAUAACUGAGGAUUGUCAGGCAUCAAAUUGCUGUCUGUAGAAAUACAAGUAACGAUACUACUGCCGACGCUCCUAUCACACCUCCGACUCUGGUGACCGAGAGAACGACUCUUUGCUCUUUCGUUGACCUUCUUCAGAUUCACCGCUUUCGGAGUCGAACUCCUUGCACACCUUCAAUCCUUUCACCAGUCGCCAAGUUGAUCCCGGCACCAGACUGCCUGGCCCAGUUCUCCACCUCCCAAUUGCAGAUCAAGAUGUUUUCACCCGCCUCCCAAGUUAUAAAUCCCGGAGUUGGCACAGCAUAGCUCGAGAGUGAAGUCCAGAUCUCGGACCCAUAUUGUGGCUGAUCGUAGACUAUUCUCAGAACAUCUGCUGGGAUCCAUCCGACUCGACCGCAGUUGGGGCCGUAAGCAAGUGCCAUGUCACGACUCGGCGUCCACCCGAAAACAAAAGCUCGCCGGCCCGGCGGUACUGUGAUGUGUCUGAGAUUUGGACCCAAAUAUCCUGCGCUCUACGGGGACCUGUAUUCCACAGGAAAUGGCAGCAUUCGCAGGGUUGGACUUGGUGCCUUCAGUGGGCUUUGACUGCGGGAGCUCGCAGACGAUCGGUUGCUACGCGUGAGAGAGUGGAGCGCAACUUCGAUGUCAGCAGUAAUUGCAUUGUGCAUUCCAAGAUAUCUCAGUUGCUUGAUGAUCAGCACUGUCCUAAACGAUGAGCGUGCGAACUUACCUUCUCCAGGAUCGAAACGUUUUCCAGAGCGACCGUGGUAAUCUGUGAGAUUCCGUCUACCUGCUUCACCCCGGCAUCGGACUCUGGCUCAGCAUGAUCCGCCAUGUGCAAAGAAUGAUUGUGCUAGAAAUGAUCAAGCGAAGCAUGUGUGAUAAAAGCAGCACUACUAUUUUGCUAAGGACAUGGUUCGACAAUGGGAAAGUAGUGAGAAUGCUCAGCAUUUGGGGUGAAUCGCACCUGCCGGCAACACUGUAUUGGACGAUCAAUCCGACCAGGAAUCGUUCAAUCGCGAGGACUGGCACUGGCCACUUCAUGUCUUGCUUGAAGCUUCAUCAGGAAAGAAGUCGUAGACUCCAGGUGGAGCACGAGUUCAGGUGCAGGCCGUGCAGCCACGCAAAACUUCGAGUGCUGCUUUCUGAGCGACGCUCAGGCCUCGUCGUGCAAACAUGGACUUAAUGGCCUCUCGAAGAGCUUCCUGGGCUCUUUGACAGCAUGACAUCUUCAAGCAUCGGGUGCAGUGUCUACUCUGGGAUCGGAUACAGGUCGGUUAUGAUCGGUUCAAUUGCCGACAGCAACGAAGCUAAGCAUCUUUGAACCUGCAAAGAUCGUCAUGUCAAACGACUCUAGCGGACAGAUACCGCGAAUCAACAAGAGCGAGAGAGCUGCAGAGUUCGUUCCUGGCUUAGGUUCCCUGUGGUUCCCCAGCUAUCCCGCUAUCAUGACUUCAUCCGUCCUCCUCCACUGCGGAGACACUCCGGGGUAUCAGUCAAGCGGUCAAGCCGAAGCUCCUCACCUCUUAUACUUCCAGGUACGUCCUCUUUGUGCACCCCAUCCGACAACUUCACUCCACGAACAUCCUCAAGAGACCAGAACCAUGAUCCUACCACUUCUAUUGCUGGCCAGACUUACCUCCCUGGCUGUUGGCCAGAGUAGCUCUACUCCCAAUCAAGCCCUUGUCAUCGACCAGAAGAGUUUCAAUGCACUGAAAAGUGUGCCACCACCUUCAGUGUCUAACCUUACCACGAUCUUCUUACCUCCUGGCGUUACACAAGAACAAGCUCUGGCCAAACCCUUCCAUGUCUACGACGAUGCCUUUUACGACAUUAUCGGUUCAAAUCCUACCCUGACCGUGAUCGCCAGUCAAGGUAUCAACCCUCUUUAUCACGAGGCUGUUGUUUGGUAUCCACCAACAGACGAAGUAUUCUUCGUACAGAAUGCUGGGGCCACGGCUGCUGGAACAGGUCUCAACAAGUCGAAUGUUAUCCAGAAGAUUUCCCUCUCGCAAGUCGCUCAGUUCUCAACACAGCGCAACGCUAGUGGUGAUAUCAAUGUGACGACAGUCAAUGCUAACCCCACUGUGGUCAACUCCAAUGGAGCAACGAAUUAUCGCGGCCAGUUCAUCUACACUGGCGAAGGGCAAGGAAAUAAUACUGCGCCUGCUCUCUACGUGAUGAACCCUCAGCAGCCAUACAACACUACCGUACUUGUCAACAACUACUAUGGUCGCCAAUUCAAUUCGCUCAACGACAUAUCAGUAAAUCCACGCAAUGGCGACGUUUACUUUACCGACACUUUGUACGGCUAUCUCCAAGACUUUCGCCCUCCUCCUGCCUUGCCCAAUCAAGUCUACCGUUUCAACCCUUCGACCGGAGCAGUCACAGUAGUUGCUGAUGGCUUUGAUCUACCGAAUGGGAUUACAUUCUCACCUAACGGCUCAUACGCAUACGUGACCGAUACAGGGGCGCAAUAUUCCUUCUAUGGCUAUAACAUGACUGCCCCUGCCUCAAUCUAUCGUUUUACCGUCGAAGCAGAUGGCACAUUCAGCAAUCGCAAGCUCUUUACCUAUGCUACGCCCGGUGUCCCCGAUGGGAUCCACUGCGACACCAAUGGCAAUGUCUACGCAGGCCUUGGCGACGGAGUGCAGGUCUGGAACCCCUCGGGCACUUUACUGGGGAAGAUAUUCCUUGGAACAACCUCGGCGAACUUCAAUUUUGCAGGCAAAGGCCGUAUGGUCAUUUGCGCAGAGACCGAGCUGUUUUAUGCAACGCUGGCGGCAGAAGGGGCUGUGGUCGCCGGCCAAAUGCCUCCGAUGUAGUGCGCAAGCCGGUCAUUGUGUGAACCGGGAGAUAUAUUCGAGGUUAGCUUGAAGUCCUAGCCAUCUUUAGGCAUCAUCGACUACAAGAGUACCAUCUCUGAUCAAAACCGACACGAUUUGCCAUAGUUAUUUCCCACAGUCAGACUAGAAAAUGCUACUUUGUAAGUUCAAGAGCACUUAGAGCGUCUGG